ACGCAGAUUACAGAGUUAGGAAUAGUAAGGAGUAGAGGAGUAUUUACUUUCAAAUUUUUCCUCAAAAACGGAAGUCUACGAGUUCCUCUGGAAAAUUUAUCACUUUAAGAGUGUUUUUCAUCCCUUAAAACGUUUCUAAGAAGCCAUUUUGGCGCGUUUUGAAGCUGCACAUUCUCAAAUAUUAUGGCGAAACUUGUAGCGGUGUGUAGAGACGAAACCGACUUCGCAUUCGAGCGUCGACAAAUCCCUCUGAAUAUUGAGGAUGCCUUAACGAUGGUGAUGGAAAUUCCUGAAACUGUGAUUUCUACUCGAGAAGUCAACGAAUACGAAGUACAGUCGUUUCAAAAGCGUUUUCAAUGUCUUAGCGCCGAUGAUCUUGCGGUUGCGACGAUGGUAAGACAGAAAGAUGUUUUAUCCUUCCUGUCCCACUCGGUGCCUUGUGUUGGUUGUCGGAGAAGUAUUGAGCGAUUGUACAAUCAGUUAGUGGAAUCAGGACAGCCUGCAUUGGAACCUCUGAUUAUCACAAACAGUGGAGUCUUGACAAUGGAUAGUUCAUUCCUGAAAGACCCAAAACUUGUGUAUGCACUAUUUUAUAAACAUGGAUCCAGGUUAAGUGAGAUGGUUGAAUCUAUUCCUAAGAGCAGAAGAAACAGGAGGUGCCCUUUGCAUUCAUUGGAAACGCACAAAUCAAGGCCAUCAGGAAGCUGGAUAGAUGUGUGGGAUUUACUCUCACAGGAAUGUAGGGAUGAGGUGACGCUGAUUGACUCCGAUGCUCUGCUUGACACAUUGGAAAAAUUACCUCAGAAAACAUAUAGAUUUUGUAGUGAAUGUAAAUUGAAAGUUUUGAGGGCAUACAGUAUUCUGGUAGGAGAUUUGGAUGGGCCAAGUGAAAAGGGUUGCUUUGCUACUUUGUAUGAUGGUCCUAAAAGCUGUCCUCAAGAGCGCCAUGUCCAUGUACUGUGUGAUACAGGCUACAUUGCACAUUUAAUCGGAUGGGCAGAACCAGAGCUGGCUGAAGGGAGGAGAGAAAGGCAUGCUAAGACACUGGACAUUGCCCAGGAAGAGGUGUUAACGUGUCUCAGUAUUCACCUGUGGGAAAGACUUCAUCGACUGUGUCAGAAACUGAGGGCUGAGGAGCAAACGUGGCAGAUGCUGUUUUAUCUGGGGGUGGAAGCUCUAUGGAAAAGUUUUGAGGUAGCGGUUGAAGAAAAGCAAGGCAUAUCACGCCUGGAACAAGUCGUCGAAGAGAUUUCUGAGGCGGAGAGAGCCAAGGAACUCAGAAGAGAGCAGAAGCGAUUGGAAAAGAAAGCGAGACGCAAAGAGAAAUGUAAAUGUGGUACUCACUUGACUAUCUCGACAGCGAACAAUGAACUGCAAACAGAGGAAACUGCGAAAAACGAGGAGGAAUUGGAAGAGGAAGAGGUAUGUACAAAUGAGAUCGUGGAGGAGACAGGGGAAAUGAAUGGACGUGGCGAUAGCUGUGAAGAUGAUGAAGAUGACGGGAGUGGCGGUUCACCGUGCAGUUGUGAAGACUUGAGCAACUGUGAGCGAAGCAAGAGCAAAAAAUCGGGUUUUAGGAAUGGUGACUGCGGGUACGUAGCAGAGUACAAUAAAUGGUCCAGGAUGGUACACCAGAGUGGAGACAUGUGUAAUCAUGGCGAAGAUUCUUCGACGCUAGGAGGAGAGGAAGAGGAUAUAUGUACAGAUUGUUUGAGUGGGAGCCCAAUAAGUGGUGGAUCUCCACAGAGCAAUAAUGGAAAGGGAAGAAAGAAGAAGGGCAAAAACAAGGAGAAGAAGCAAAAUUCGCCGAGACAUGAAAAUCAAGAAAAGCUUGUAGAAAAUAUUGAUGACGAAGAAAAACGGCUCCUGAAGCUAAUGGGUUGGAAGGAUGGAGGAACAGAGUCAAUGGUGAGUUAUUUUUAGCUAUACUUCCGUCGCUCUAUGGCGAUUUAGGUUUUCCCUGGGAUCCGAUAACCUCAAGGGUAGAAUAUCCCCUGAUCUCAAACUUCCUGUUGCGUCACGAGUUGUGUUUCUUGAAAAAGUAAGC